AUGGUGCCUCCCGCGAUUGCCGUCGCAGCUGCUGCGGCUCGGUUCGUGUCGCCCCUCUUCGCCCUAAUUCCCAACCCUCCCCUUCGCCCCCUCGGUCCCCUCGGUCCCCUCGGUCCUUUUGUCCCCCGUCUAUCCUCGCCGUUCCCGGAUCCCCGUUCAAAUUCCAGCAACGGCAACGGGGAUCGCCGUUGCCUAAACACCUUCACCGCAUUCCCUUCGACUAGAACCUCGUUACAGUCCCGCUCGUUACAGUCUCGAGCGCGCAUGGCGCCUCCCGAGUCGCUGAUCUCCGCGGAAGCCCCCGCCAUCGGCGGAGACGGCGGAGAUUCCGAGUCGCGCGCGAUUCCAUGGGGCCACCCGGAGCGGCUCGACCUGGCGAUGGGAUCGCUGCUGGACGACAAGACGCGGCUCCGCAAGGACGUGAAGAAGGCGCUUCGAGGAUUGACGGAGGAGCAACGCGCGGCAGAAGGUGAACCUCCCCACUCCCCCCCCGCUCUCCUUCCCCUCCUCCCCUACACCACCGCUCCGCGCCUGUCUUUUGAGGCGCCUCAAAAGUCCUCAAGAGGCGCCUCAAAAGUGCACCCCCCCUCUCUCCUUCCCCUCCUCCCCUUCACCACCACUGCUCCGCACGUGGCAGUGCAGCGCCACGUGUUGCAAGCUGAUUGGUUCAGAUCCGCGCAGCGCGUGGGUGCUUACAUCAGCUGCCGGAAAUUAAGGGAGGUGGAGACUGCUGACGUCAUCAGCGACCUGCUGGGGAGAGGAGCCAGUGUGUUUGUGCCACGUGUCAUGGACAGCGAGAGCCACAUGGUGAUGCUGAAAAUCAACUCUGUGCAGGUGGUGGGGGAAGGGCGGGGAGAGGUGGUUGGGAAGGGGGAGAACGAGAACGAGCAAGGAGGAGCAGCAGCAGCAGCAACAGCAGCAGCAGCAGCAGCAGCAGCAGCAGCAGCAGCAGCAGCAGCAGCAGCAGCAGCAGCAGCAGCAGCAGCAGCAGCAGCAGCAGCAGCAGCAGGAGGAGACUUGGAUCGCAAUGGGAUGGGGAUACUGGAGCCCACCCUGACCCUCACAGAUGGACGGCCACGAUCCAACGUGUACAGUGAACAGGAGCCGUUGGAUCUGAUUCUCGUGCCGGGGUUGGCGUUUGAUCGCAGCGGUGGGAGACUGGGACGAGGAGGAGGGUACUACGACGUGUUUCUCUCGCAGUACUUGGCACAUGCCCAGGCCAAGCAGUGGAAGCAACCGCUCAUAGUUAACCGCAUUGAACUCCCAACCCCCCCUUGUCACCACCGCAAUGGCUCUGGCCGACAAGGCUCAGACUCCUCUCCUCUCCCCUCCCCAUGGAGACUUCCUUCGUUCCCGUUAGUGUCAUCUGUCUCCUUGCACUGCAUUGAACCACAGCUGACCAAACUGGGCUCCCUUCCCCUCUUUGCCCUGGCCCUUCCCUUCUUUCCCCCCUGUCAACACCCCACUGCAGUGGCUCUGGCCUACAAGGCUCAGAUUCUCUCCUCGCCCCUCCCCAAAGAAACAUUUGACGUGCCCGUUAGUGGCAUCGUGUGUGCUGACGGCUUCCUUGCACCACAUUGA